AAUCAAUUCACUCAUUUACGUGGAAAAUCACCACAUCUAUCGCAAGGGAAAAUCUCACUCACCGAGGUUCAUCUCCUCGUUAUUACGUAUCAUAUACCCAAUCAGUUCGUCGAUUGGCCAUAUUCCCAGGAGAUGAAUGGUCUGCAUCAUCACGCUGCGGGACAGCAGAAUCAAUAAAUCCAAGAAACCAAACACACUCCACAUCUCAUACUCUAUCCAAAACCCCCAAGCCAUCAGAAUUUAUAUAUAAAAAAACAAAAAGGGUAGAGGAAGGAAGCAAGAAGCAUGGCUGAGUUCUGGAAGCCAGGGUCGGAGAAGCCUCGUAUCCUCGAAGACGAAGAAGGCGGAGUGCUCUUCUUCUCUUCUCCUUAUUCAUCUUCUUCUUCAGGUUUUGGGUAUUCGAGCAUAGAGAAGCAGAGGCAGAGGCUCCCAGUCUUCAAGUACCGGACCGCCAUUCUCUACCUAGUCGAGAAUCACGCCACCACCAUCGUCGUUGGUGAGACUGGCAGCGGAAAAACCACACAGAUUCCCCAGUACCUAAAGGAAGCAGGUUGGGCUGAGGGUGGGCGGGUAAUAGCUUGCACCCAGCCAAGACGGUUGGCCGUUCAGUCAGUUGCUUCAAGGGUAGCUGAAGAGAUGGGUGUCAAGCUUGGAGAAGAAGUUGGGUAUACAAUUCGUUUUGAAAAUCUUACAAAUCCGGGUGUAACUAUGAUCAAAUUUCUCACAGAUGGUGUGCUACUUAGAGAAAUGAUGGAUGAUCCUCUUUUGACCAAGUAUAGUGUUAUAAUGGUGGAUGAGGCCCAUGAAAGAUCUCUUUCGACAGAUAUAUUGUUGGGCCUCCUCAAAAAGAUCCAGCGCCGUAGACCUGAGUUACGUCUAAUCAUUUCAUCUGCAACAAUUGAAGCAAAAUCCAUGUCCUCUUUUUUCAGUUCCAGCAGAAAGCGUCAACAGGACACAGGUGAAGAUUGUGUACCUAGAACGCUUCCGGCCAUACUCUCUGUUGAAGGUAGAGGGUUCAAUGUACAAAUUCAUUAUCUUGAGGAACCUGCCCCUGAUUAUUUGCAAGCUGCUGUUUCAACUGUGUUGGCAAUCCACGAUGAGGAACCUAUUGGUGAUAUCUUGGUAUUCCUUACAGGUCAAGAUGAUAUUGAUGCUGCUGCUCAGUUACUUACUGAAAAUGCUCAAAACCGUGGAAGACAUUCUUCAGGCUUGAUUGUUUUGCCGUUGUACUCGGGGCUUUCGCGUGCAGAUCAGGACCUUGUGUUUUCUCCCACACCUAAAGGAAAGAGGAAAGUUGUGCUAUCAACUAACAUUGCAGAGACAUCAUUGACUUUAGAGGGUGUGGUUUAUGUUGUGGAUAGUGGGUUUUCAAAGCAGCGGUUCUAUAAUCCGAUUUCCGAUAUUGAAAGCUUGGUAGUGGCACCAAUUUCCAAGGCAUCUGCAAGACAAAGGGCUGGAAGAGCUGGAAGAGUACGACCUGGGAAGUGUUAUAGGCUAUAUACUGAAGAAUAUUUUGUCAAGGAAAUGGCUGCAGAGGGGAUUCCGGAGAUGCAAAGAUCAAACCUUGUUUCUUGUGUAAUUCAAUUGAAGGCGUUAGGUGUUGAUAAUAUCUUAGGCUUUGAUUGGUUGGCAUCUCCAGCUCCAGAGGCAAUGAUUAGAGCACUCGAGGUUCUUUACUCACUUGGAAUUCUCGACGAUGAUGCCAAACUUACAUCCCCAACUGGAUUUCAAGUUGCUGAGAUUCCAUUAGAUCCAAUGAUCUCGAAAAUGAUAUUGUCAGCAAAUGCUCUUGGAUGUUCUGAGGAGAUAAUUACUAUAGCUGCAAUUCUCUCUAUUCAGUCUAUCUGGGUUUCUGGCAGAGGGGCACAAAAGGAGUUGGAUGAAGUCAAACUGCGAUUCGCUGUUGCUGAGGGCGAUCACGUGACUUACCUGAAUGUGUAUAAAGGAUUCCUUCAUUCUGGAAAAUCUUCUCAGUGGUGUCACAAGAACUUCAUAAAUUACCAUGCUAUGAAGAAGGUUGUUGAAAUUAGAGAACAACUCAGGAAACUAGCACAGCGGCUGGGACUAGCCAUAAAAUCUUGUGAAGGUGAUACACAGGUAGUAAGGAAGGCAGUUACUGCUGGAUUUUUUACCCAUGCCUGUCGCUUGGAAGCAUUCAGUCAGGGCGGAAUGUACAAGACCAUCCGGAGUUCACAAGAAGUAUAUAUCCAUCCAUCAUCCAUACUAUUCAGAGUUAAUCCGAAGUGGGUGAUCUACUAUUCUCUCAUCUCCACUGACCGGCACUACAUGCGCAAUGUCAUCGCCAUUGAUCCCUCCUGGCUAUUAGAGGCGGCACCCAACUUUUACCAACAGCAGAAGCCCAACCAGGCAGCACAUGGUCUCAUUUGAAGCCUAGAUUUUCAGUUUUUCUCAUAGGGCUGGAGGGUGCAGUAUGGGCCAUAAAAUGCUUUUUUUUUGGUACACUAAUAUGGGCUACAGAGGUUUGCUAGAAUACAUCCCGAUGUGUUGCAUUAUGAUACCUCGGGACUUUUAGCUGUUUAAAUCGUGGCCCUCACCUUGGAUAGUGGGUAUCUAAAACAUCAAAUCACUUAGAUUGGAAUAUUUUAACCCUUUCAUCAUUUGACUUUUCUCCUUUCAACAUGAACGGUCUCCAUGAACUUUGAAAUUACCUGAAGGGUUGAAAUACUCUAGGCUCAGUGUUUUUGGUGGGCCUCCCAUCUGCAGUGAGGCUCACCACAUUAACAGUUAGAGCAAUCGAAAAGGACCCAAUCCAACAGCUAAGGUCCUGAGGUAUCAUCGUAUUGCAAUACCUUCUAGCAAUACCUCUCAAGAUAGAAAUCCCAGAAAUCAGAUGGGGUGGCUUGUGCAGUGAGGGUUUCCUGCAUCUGAGUGCAGAAGGAUACGCUGAUAUGAACCCACCCUAUUCACCUAACAUUUGGGAGGAUCCCAAAGAGUGGUCUUUUGCACAUUGGUGAGUCAUAAUAUUUUGGUUGAUGCAUCUAGUUUUCUAUAGAGCUUGCUGUUGACCUUCGGAAUAUGUAUUGGCAUUGAUCAUGUUUUAAAAAUAUUUUGGUCCCUUCUUGAAGGGAGAAGGUAAAGGUGCGAAAUCUGUUUCUCUGUCUGCCUCCUUGAAUUUACAACGUUUUAAAGGCCUUCAAUAUUGUAGUCCUCUUUCAGC